AUGUCUCAAACCACCACUCGACCAAAGAGAAAGGCCACAAUAAAUAAAUCAUACAAUGACUCUUUGGAACUGCAGCUAGAUUAUGAACUGUCGACUUCUUCAGUGAUAUCAACUAAUUCGAGUGCUGUCUCAACGCCGAGAUCGGCUUCUAGCACUAAGAGAAAGAAGACGAACCCGUCCACAAAGAAGCUACUGGUCCAAGAAAACUCACCCAUGAAGUCACAUAAUGAUGGCCCCACGUCAAAAGUUCCAUAUAAUUGGCAACCACCGCCUAUGCAAGAGGACUAUUUUUCAAAUAAACUAGAUUUAACUGACUCGUACAUAGAUUUGAAAACACAGACACUAUAUUGUCCUCACCAAAAUAGAUUAGCAUCUUCUAAGAGAGGGAAAAAUGGUAAGCCAUUCACACUUUCAAAAGGACAAUGUAUUUAUAUGAUUAGUGAGCCUCCAGGUGAACCUUACUACAUUGGAAGGAUACGAGGUUUCACGAAUAAUACCCAUCACAAGUAUAAUGAUGCAGAUUCGGUGCUUAAUUCAGAUAACGAGCUGACUGUGCUUUCUAAAGGCUAUCAAUUUCUUAUACAAUGGUUCUUUAGACCGAGAGAUGUUUCAAAGGCGUCGUCAGACUCGCGAUUGUUGUACGCCACGAUGGAUUCUGACACUUGUCCCUUGGCCAGUUUUCGUGGUAUCGUUGAUGUUCAAUUGAAGCAGGAUAUAGAAGACAAUUACAAUGGCCUUAGCUUACAAACAACAAACAACAGACGAAACCAAUCAAAGUCACAAACUCCCGUAGGCAGCAUGUCCCCAAUAGAGUCAUAUGUUCAAAAUCCAAACUGUUUUUACUUUGAUCGAUUGUACGAUAGGUACAUGAUAAGAUCUUAUGAUGUUUUGCUGACAAACAACCUUUUGCAGUAUGCGCAAGUGGAAAAUAGCAAGUCAAAGAACUUUCUAAUUGCAUUAAAUAAGCGUUUCCAGUAUAUCUUUUGUGAAACCCAAAGAACAAAAUCACUAAUAAAUUCUUUCAAAGCCAAUACUUGCAACUGUGACAUUUGUGGUUUGUGGUGCGAUGGAGCAGACUCGAUCAACUGUGUCGAAUGUGACAAGUAUUUCCACAUGUAUUGUUUAGAUCCACCGUUGCAAAAAAAACCUAGCCGUGGAUUUUCAUGGUCAUGUGCUGUGUGUACAAAGAAACACGAAAUUGAAUACCACCAAAAGAAGAUAUUGAUGCUCCUGCAUGAUAAUAAGUCUUCAAAUCAGGAAAGUCUAAAAGAAGAGUUGAGUGCGUUGGGCUCAUUAGAAGCUGAAGUGAAGGACUUGAGCAGAACUCAAACGAUUGAGGUCAACAGAAUUUCAGUACUUCCUCGAUAUGAAACCAUGGCAAAGGAGUUCUUGGACAAUGAUGCCAAUACCACUUUCGAAGAAAGGAGACUUAAAGAGGAAUGGUGCAUGAGAUACCUUGGAAUGAAUGCCAAAUUGGAAGAGGCUGUGGACUUGGAUGACAAAUCACCGUAUCCAAGAGCAUCAACUAGAAUAGGAACUAAACAUCAAGCUGUUUAUAUUCCCGAAUGCAACGAUCAUCCAAUAGUUUACUACGAUGAUGAAAAGUCUCCAAAGAAGAAGCAACCAAACAACAAGUCCAAGGGAAAGGACAAGCCGGAUGAGGUACAAAAGUUAGUAGUUCCAAAGGAAUUUCAAAACCUUGACCCUAGAGAUUACCCAGCUUGGUUACAACCACGACCUAAGGGGUACAUUGAGCGUGGAGUUGACGACGGGGCUGGUGUGACAUGUACCUUACUUUGGAAAUCAUCGACAAAAGACAUUGCAAAUGGUUUUAAAGACUUUGACUCAUUUGUGACAAAAUGUAUGCCAAUUGCUGAAUCCCUAGGACUUUCACCAAAGUCGCCCAAUUUUUGUGAUGCUGUUGCCUACCUGUAUAUGAUUCACAACGGGGAUAUUGGUAAAGCAUUUGCAGACGUUCUGAGACUAGACAAGAAAAAGCUUAAAGAACCUGUUUUCAAUAAAGAAGAAAUAAAGAGAUUUGAAGCUGGGGUUAAGGAAUUCGGUAGUGAGUUGUACUAUGUGCAAAAGAAGGUGAGGACUCAACCUUUACGUGAAGUUGUGCGUUUUUACUAUCUUUGGAAAAAGACAAAGAACGGUCGUCAAAUAUGGGGCAACUUUGAAGGUCGAACCAAAAAGUUGCAUAACCCUGUAAAAAUUGAGCAGAAUGCAAAGAAGCCAGAGCAUGUAAUCAUUGAUAAUUUGGCAAAUCUAGAUGAUGACUCAUCGUAUGAAAAUGACAAAAUCCAACUUCAAGGGUCUAGAUUCCUUUGCAAACACUGUGAUACAACUUCUUCAUUGCAAUGGUUUAGAGUUUCUGGCCAUGAUGCCAAGAAGCUUAAUGACUUUGGCAGUGUUGUUGCUUUGUGUUUCCGGUGCGCCAAGUUAUGGAGGAGAUACGCAGUAGUCUGGGAGAGCCCCGAAGAGGUUCUUAAAAAGGUUUCCAAAUCUAGUGGUUGGCGAAAAGGAGUGGAAAGUGAGUUAUUGAACGAUGCGAAUGCUAUAUUGCAAUAUUCAGAAAUGACCAACUCGUCUUUAUCUCAGGACAUGAAGGAAACGAAACCUAUGGGGAUUGAGAUAAAACAAGAGUUACUGAUUGAGAAGAGGAUGGAUUCUAAAAAGAAAUUUAGCUCUUCCGUGCCCAACCCAACACCAAAAGUGGCUAAACUGGAACACCUCAAGGUUGAGAAAAAUGAUUCAAGACUUCAAAAGCAAGACACGAAGCCAUUGCCAAGAAUUGAUGAGUUAAUUUCCAAAGGCUUAGGGGUGUCAACAAAAAACAUGCUAUUCAACCAAAAUUAUCUAGUGCCAAGGUCAAUUCGAAUCCCCAAAAAAUUGAACGCGGAAGAUGCUACAUCCAAACUUGGUCCCAUUAUCGAUCAUUACAGAGAAGUUCAAUUAGCUGAUGUUUACUCUUCACUUUCAGCACUUCAAACUCCACAUUUGACAUCAAUAGAGUUGCCAUUUAAACCACAUGAAAGAAAAUGCUGUGUUUGUAGAGAGCAUGACACGACAAAAUCAGCACUCAUGGAAACUUUGAUUUGUGCAAAUUGCGGGGUCAAUGUUCACGCAUCUUGUGCUGGCUACUCAUUGCCGGAAAAAUUAAAACCCAUGAAGGAGUGGUUGUGUGAACCUUGUACCAAUGAUAUGAGACCCAUAAAAAGUGCCAUUUAUUCAUGCUGUUUAUGCUUAGCUCAUGAAACAAAUUUUGAAUUGUCUCUUCUUGGAUCACCUCACGUGAGACCUGAUUUUUUAAAAGCUACUGCUGAUGGAAGAUGGAGUCAUUUGUUAUGUGCUGUUUUCAGUAGUGAGCAUGCCGUUUUCAAAAAGUCCAAAGGUACAGUAGCGCAUAGUUUUUUGUCACUUGAUGAUGUAACCAAAGUUUACUUGAAUAACUAUAAAUUGAAAUGUGGUAUUUGCCAAUCAUACAACGGAUCGUUGGUACGUUGUGAACUUUGUGAAACUCCAACAUUUUAUCAUCCUACAUGUGCACAAGAUACUCCAAAUUAUAAAUUGGGGUUUAAAUUGAAUACUGGUGUUAAAUCGCCUCAAAAUGUAAAAGUGGAUGAAAAAGUAGGUAGAUUGAGAGCUAUUUUGGUGUGUCCUAAACAUGAUCAAUCUAAAGAUACUAUACUCAAUUUCCGAACCUCGGGGAAAAGAGUUGCUGGUAGGGAUUCUGAAAGCAAACCGAUUAUCCAACUAUAUCUCGAGGAUAUUGUAAAGCUGAGCAAACCUAUAUCUAGUGGUCCUCAUGCCAAAGCCCUCAAUUACAUUGAGCAUAGGAACAUAUAUUUUGGGAAAUCCGUUGGUGCUGAUAGAGACAUUAAGAGUAAUACGAGUCGCAAGAUUUGUCUGCAAUGUUCAACAGACAUGUCGCCAAUCUGGUGGCCAAGUGAAACAGGAAAUUGUAACAAUGUUGUUUGUCAAUCUUGUCAUCAUAAUGGUGGAUCCGCUGUAGCCAAAUCUGAUGACUUACUAGAUUUAUCGAAACCCUUGAAUGGGGGGUUUUAUGACAUCAGGGAUGAAAAUGACUCUGUUAAAAACGUUUACCAUUCAAAGCCCAUCAAUGAAUUCUCUUUGGCAACGCCUGUUGAGACUACUAUCAGGUCAAAGAUCUCACUUGGUGAUAUUCUUAUUUAA